AUGUUCUUGCUCAAGGUCAAAUGUGGCUCACCUGGAGAUGGUACAAACACAAAGUAUGUUUUAAUCACUGAAGGACAACCUGGGGAAGCAUACAAAUACAUCUGCAAUCAUGGCUUCACAGCAGACCCUAAUGACCUGACGGUAGUUUGUGAACUGAACGAUGAGGGAACUAUUGCUAGCUGGUCUCCAACGCCAUCCUCUUGCUCAGAGGUCAAAUGUGGCUCACCUGGAGAUGGUACAAACACAGAGUCUGUUUCAAUCACUGAAGGACAAGCUGGGGAAGCAUACAAUUACACCUGCAGUCAUGGCUUCACAUCAGACCCUAAUAACCUGACGGUAGUUUGUCAACUGAACGAUGAGGGAACUAUUGCUAGCUGGUCUCUAACGCCAUCUUCUUGCUCAGAGGUCAAAUGUGGCUCACCUGGAGAUGGUACAAACACAAAGUAUGCUUUAAUCACUGAAGGACAACCUGGGGAAGCAUACAAAUACAUCUGCAAUCAUGGCUUCACAGCAGACCCUAAUGACCUGACGGUAGUUUGUGAACUGAACGAUGAGGGAACUAUUGCUAGCUGGUCUCCAACGCCAUCCUCUUGCUCAGAGGUCAAAUGUGGCUCACCUGGAGAUGGUACAAACACAGAGUCUGUUUCAAUCACUGAAGGACAAGCUGGGGAAGCAUACAAUUACACCUGCAGUCAUGGCUUCACAUCAGACCCUAAUAACCUGACGGUAGUUUGUCAACUGAACGAUGAGGGAACUAUUGCUAGCUGGUCUCUAACGCCAUCUUCUUGCUCAGAGGUCACAUGUGGCUCACCUGGAGAUGGUACGAACACAAGUCUGUUUCAAUCACUGAAGGACAACCUCGGGAAGCAGGUCAAAUGUAGCUCACCUGGAAAUGGUACAAACACAGAGUCUAUUUCAAUCACUGAAGCGAGCCCUCGGGAAGCAUACAAUUACACCUGCAGUCAUGGCUUCACAUCAGACCCUAAUAACCUGACGGUAGUUUGUCAACUGAACGCUGAGGGAACUAUUGCUAGCUGGUCUCUAACGCCAUCUUCUUGCUCAGAGGUCAAAUGUGGCUCACCUGGAAAUGGUACAAACACAGAGUCUGUUUUAAUCACUGAAGGACAACCUGGGGAAGCAUACAAAUACACCUGCAAUCAUGGCUUCACAUCAGACCCUAAUAACCUGACGGUAGUUUGUCAACUGAACGCUGAGGGAACUAUUGCUAGCUGGUCUCUAACGCCAUCUUCAUGCUCAGAGGUAAAAUGUGGCUCACCAAGAAAUGGUAUGAACACAGAGUCUAUUUCAAUCACUGAAGGAAACCCUGGGGAAGCAUACAAUUACACCUGCAGUCAUGGCUUCACAUCAGACCCUAAUAACCUGACCGUAGUUUGUGAACUGAACGAUGAGGGAACUAUUGCUAGCUGGUCUCUAACGCCGUCUACUUGCUCAGAGAUCAAAUGUGGCUCACCUGAAUAUGGUACAAACACAGAGUCUAUUUCAAUCACUGAAGCGAGCCCUGGGGAAGCAUACAAUUACACCUGCAGUCAUGGCUUCACAUCAGACCCUAAUAACCUGACGGUAGUUUGUGAACUGAACGAUGAGGGAACUAUUGCUAGCUGGUCUCUAACGCCAUCUUCUUGCUCAAAGGUCAAAUGUGGCUCACCUGAAAAUGGUACGAACACAGAGUCUGUUUUAAUCACUGAAGGAAGCCCUGGGGAAGCAUACAAUUACACCUGCAAUCAUGGCUUCACAUCAGACCCUAAUAACCUGACGGUAGUUUGUCAACUGAACGCUGAGGGAACUAUUGCUAGCUGGUCUCUAACGCCAUCUUCAUGCUCAGUUGUUGUAACAAUAUGCGAGGGCAGCAAAACAGUCCUGAACUGCACUAACGGCAGGAUCAACAUCGGCAGCGCCCUCUACGGGAGGACCGAAGCAGAUGUUUGUCCACACGACAAGGUUAGCAAUACAAAUUGCAUGGCAGCUGGUGUGUUCGACACCAUUUCGUGUUGCACUGGUCUUUCCCAAUGUGCUGUGACUGCAUCGAGUAGUUUAUUUGGUGAUGAUCCAUGUCCAGGCACAUAUAAAUACCUUCAGAUCACUUAUACGUGCGAACCCGAGGACGACCUUCCCCCACAAACCCUGAUAAGCAUCGACAUAUGUGAGGGAAAGGACGAACCAAGGAUCACCUGCUCGGCUGGACAGACCAUCAGCAUUUGCUCGUCCAUCUAUGGCCGAAGUGACACAACAACUUGCGCGAAAACCCGGCCGGCGACAACGUCCAAUGUGGACUGCAUGUCACUGAAUCCCUUAUACGUAAGGACGACUUGCCAAGGGGAGCAGAGUUGCACUGUUAACGCCGUAAAUAGUGUCCUAGGUGGCGAUCCCUGCCGUGGUACCUAUAAGUAUCUACACAUCGAUUAUAGAUGUGUCGCGUAG